AGCCGCGGGCGGGAUGUGGCGGCUGCUGCUGCUGGGCCGCGGCCUGGGCCGCUGCUGGCCGCCCCCUGCCCGCCCGGCCUGCGCCGCCGGCCCCGCCAGCCCCGCCAGCCCCGCCAGCCCCGGCACCGAGCGGGCGCCCGGCUGUCAGGAUGGACGGCCCCGGGGUGGAAGGGAGCGAGAAGGAAGGCAGAGGCCGCUGCCUGGGCUGGUGCCCCGCUGCUCCGUGCUGGAGGCCGUCACCUGGGGAGCAGUCGGCGCGCUGCUGCUGCAGCUGGUCAGACAGAUCUCGUGGCUGAGGUCGCUGCCCGACACCAGGAGGGAGCGCAGGGCUCUCUGGCUCGCCUCGUUGCCCUCCGAGCAGACAGGGGUGACUGAAGCCUCAACCAGCUGUGCCAGUACACAGCUGGGAUCCCACUUCUUGCAGAAAGGAAGUCCAGAGGCUGUACCAGAGAACUCAUCCUCAGGCAUCCCCUCAGGGCAAGGAGAGAGCCAGCCCUGGGCAGAAGCAGGGGAGCUCCAAAUCCCUGAGAGCUCCAGCUUGGGGCCAGCUCUCCACAGUGCCAAGGGUGACCCAGCUCAGCGAGGGCAUUUAGAGGAAGCUGCUUUCCAGUUGCAGCAGAUUUUCCGGAUUGACAUGUCCAUUGCAUUGAAUAUCCUUGGGGUUGAAAGCAUGAGGGCAGGCCAUGCCAGGAUAGCCUACACCUGCUUCAAGCUGGCAGCAGACCGAGGCUACAGCAAAGCCCAGUUCAACGUGGGUCUGUGCUACGAGCACGGCAGAGGCACCGAGAGAGACUUGGAAAAGGCAGCUUUUUAUUACUCCCAGGCAGCCAGCAGCUGUCACCCCAUGGCCCAGUACCGCUACGCCAGGUACCUCUUGUGCCACAGACCCCAGGAAGAGUGGGACAGGCAGCAGAAGGCAGUGGUUUUCCUGGAGCAAGCAGCAAUGGCUGGGAUUACAGAGGCCCAGGCUUAUCUUGGAGUGUUCUACAUGAGGGGGCUGCAACCUAAGGAAAAGAGAGGCCUGAAGUACCUGCUGCUGGCAGCAAAGAAUGGGGAUGCCCAAAGCAGGUACCACGUGGGUGUUUGCUAUGAGAAGGGCCUUGGAGUGCAGCAGAACCUGGCAGAAGCUCUGAGGCACUACCAGCAAUCAGCUGCUGCAGGGAACCCCAACGCUCAGGAGAGACUGCGCCUGUUGGAAGCGGAGGUGGAAGAUAUGCAAACAAAACCUCCAUUCUCUCCUGGAAUAAGAGCCUCUUCCUCCAGCCCCUGUUUCUGGGCCAUGGACCGUGUUCCUGCAGGCCUCCAGGCCAGCCAGCCCAGACAAUCCUCCCUCUCCCUGCCCCACUCCUGGAGUGCAGAUGGACUCCACAUGAUGGUGCUCAGCAGUGCAGGGUGGAGCCGUGCCCUUGGGAACAGGGCAACCCCACGGGAACUGCAGUGCUUGAAGCCCCACCUCUGCUGGUACUAGAGCAGCAGGUGGGUGACACCAGCAGCCAGCAAGCUGCCUACAGAGCAGGAGCACUGUCCUCCAGUCCAAGGCCCUUCCCACGUGCCGACAGCUGCCGGAGAAGCCCCGAGCCCGAUUCGUUGUGAGCUUGGACCUUCUGGGACAAAAUCAUUUCAAAGAGGGUGCUCAUCUCUGAAAGGAAAGUGCUGGCCAGUCUUGUCCCAGCAGCGUUGGAGUCAGCCCCAGCACCUUUGCCAAAGGUCUCAAAGGUCCUUGGUUUCUCCUGCCUGGCAGCUUCCUCAUCCUGAGGGGAAUGAGGAGAGUCGGGGGAGAAGACGUUGUCCUUGUAGCUGCUGGUGAGGGGCAAGGAGAGUUGAGCCACCCAGGCUGGGUCAGCAGCAGUCAGCCUCUUGAGGGCCAGCUCUGGAGGGAGUGAAAUCAAGAACUGUCAGUGAGAUGUGGGCUAGAGGAGACCGCAGGAGAGAGAAGAGGAGGGAGAAAAAGGAAAAAAAACAAAACAACCCCAAAUUAUAAACGCAGAGACUUCCUGAACUCAGCUCUGAGAGCACUGAUUGUAAACAGGUCUAGAGAUAAGCUCCCAGCAGUCAAACCAACAGCUUAAAUAAAACAACAAACCCAAGCAAACAAGCUAGAACUGCUUUAAAACUACUGGGAUUUUUGUUUUGUUUUUAUAUAAUAACCAUUCAGCUCACUUUGCUUUCUCAUCUGCUGCAGCCUCCAGUAGUGCUUUGUUAAAGUGUUAGCAAAGCCAGAGAAAGUGAAGGCUUAGGAGUGGCUGAAGGGGAGAGGACAAUGGAAAGGCUUUCAAGGGGGAAGUAUUGGACAGAAGAAAGGUCAGUGGUGGACUUCCCUUCAGGAGCACUCUAGGGUGGGAAGUUGCUGCUAAGCAGGCCUUCUGGGACUGGAAAGAAAUGGGUUAUUGUGAAAACAGUAACAAGAGAAGUAGAAUGAAAUUCUGGAUUGUAAAAUGCACAGCUGGGUGGUUGAAGACUAGUAGCAAAAAAAAAAAUGGAGCUAUAAAGUAGUUGUUCAUCAAUUGGAAGCAGAUGAGGAGCAGUGGGAGCCUGGUGUGGGUGUGUUGGCUGCAGGCUCCUUAAUGUGCCACUAACGUGAUUCUGCCCCAAAAAUGAGCAAAGGAAAUCACACAGUGUUGCUGGUCAAGGUAUUCCCUUUUGGCCUGAAGACACAGCUGUGGUGUUGUUACUAGGUCUGGUGAGACCUGGUUAGGAAUAUUACAUACCAAGUUGAUUAUCCAUCCGUGGGGGAGAGGAGCUAAAAUGGCAGCAGUGCAGAGAAAACUAUUGAGAUGAAACCAGGGGUGAAUCCAGGCUUCCAUGACCCAAAGUGGUAGGGAUUGCUCAGCCUAAGGAAGCCAAUGCUCCCUGGAGAUCUGACUGCAACAUCAUUAUGCUGAUGAGAUAAGCACCAACAAAGGAAAUCUUUAUGCUUAAAAUAGUGUUGGCAAAAGAAGAAGUGAUUAUAACUGUCCACAAGUAAACAUAAGCUGGAAAUAAAAGGAAGGACCCCGUAGCAGGGUGAGCCUGGAAUAGCUUCCUCAUCAGACAGCAGGAAAGGAAAUGGAGUCCUUGUUUUUAAGGCUGAGCUUUGCAGUUGGUAAACAAGGCUGGGGCAGGUGAUGCCCAACCCCACGUUGCUCCAUUCCCAAAGGGUAACCAAGAACCACAGGGAGCUCCGGAGCAGCCACCAGGUUUGGGAAACACUUGAAGAGUCAGACAGCAACAAACCAAAUCACUUUGAUCUGGGAGGAAAACACCCCACUGCAGUCCCAGUCUGAGGGCAAGAGCUGGUGUCCUUGUAAUAAUUCUGUGCCUCUGACUUAGUGACCUCCCAAAGGAGGGUCUCCACACUCCUGCACUUCUGCUGCUUCCAGAAGAUGAUGGAUACCCAGGCUGGGACGUGUCGUCCUCAGUCUGGGGCUAGUCUGGCCCUGAGACAAGUCUCCUUCCUCAGCCAACUACAUAAUUAGGCCUUUUUCUCUCAAAAAACAACUGUGUCCUGGGGUGGGAUGGGGGUGAGGGAUUGGGAUUCAGACCUGGCAGGGAGAGAAGGGCAGACACAUCACUUAGAUUUUUGUUUCAGCUGAAGCCUCAAAACUCUUCGGUGUUGCUAAACUUCCAGGAUUUCUUUCUACAGUCUCAGUAUUUUCUUGCAGUCACAGUGACUGGUCCUGAAGGGAUGUCCCAAGCUGAGAUCCCCUAUUUUUACUCUGAAACAUCCACAGUUUUCUCCUCCCCAGCCUCCAAGAAGCCAUUGCAUUCCCUGAAUGUUUCAAUGCUGCAACUCUGGAGCAGGGCACAGCAGCAAACUGCUCAGGCUGAGGCUCCUGUGCCCAUGAAACCUUAUAAUUGGGUAUCUUUAAUUUAAUGACUCUUCACUGCCUUCUUUGAAUGGUGUUUCAGCAAGGGGGGGUGUGUUUUUAUAAGCAAUAAAAGUUCUGUCUCUCA